AUGAUAAGCGGAUGGAAAAUCUUAUACUUGCCGCCUGCUAUGCCUCGGGAAUACGAAUUUGGUCUCGAUCCACAGCCAUCGGUAACUAAGAGCUUGUCAUUCACUCUGUUUUCAUUCCGUUCCGUCACCGGCCGAAGGGGAGCAAGAAGUAGGGCUCUGGAGCUUCUUAUCGACCGCAUUUGUUCCAUUCUUUUCGAUUCGUAUCUCCUCCCUCCUGGCCCAUUUGGUCGGUGUCUCACUGAGCUGGGGAAAGGGUUGAAGACAAGGGAGUAG